CCGCUGCUGUGGAAAGUGGAGGAGUGGGUGAAGAGGAGAAGCACCAGGAGGUGAUGGCGACGCGGCUGGGGAGGGGGAGACGCUGCGUCUGGCUGAGGCGCCAUCCAGGCUGAGGUCACCCUUCCAGGACUUGGCCCAGCAAACAAAAGAAGGACUGAACAAAGGAGAGGAGACCAGCAAAGAUAACUUUGGAAGCUCUGAAUGCAGCAGAACAGGAACAAUGGAUCUCAAGUUCAACAACUCCAGGAAAUAUGUUUCCAUCACUGUCCCGUCCAAAACCCAAACAAUGUCACCACACAUCAAGUCAGUAGAUGACAUUGUAGUCCUUGGCAUAAAUCUCAGCAGAUUUAACAAACUUACUCAAUUUUUCAUAUGUGUUGCUGGAGUUUUUGUAUUUUACCUAAUUUAUGGAUAUUUACAGGAAUUAAUAUUUUCAAUGGAGGGGUUUAAGUCCUAUGGCUGGUACCUUACUUUAGUGCAGUUUGCAUUUUACUCCAUAUUUGGCCUAAUAGAACUUCAGCUUAUUCAGGACAAAAGGAGAAGAAUACCAGGAAAAACCUACAUGAUAAUAGCUUUUCUAACUGUGGGUACUAUGGGGUUAUCAAACACUUCCUUGGGCUACCUGAAUUACCCUACCCAAGUCAUCUUCAAGUGCUGCAAAUUGAUUCCUGUUAUGCUAGGAGGAGUUUUGAUUCAAGGAAAGCGCUAUAACGUGGUAGACGUGUCUGCUGCAGUGUGUAUGAGCCUUGGUCUAAUAUGGUUUACCCUCGCUGACAGCACGACUGCGCCAAAUUUCAACCUGACAGGUGUGAUCCUUAUUUCCCUGGCCCUGUGUGCGGACGCUGUCAUUGGAAAUGUUCAAGAGAAAGCUAUGAAGCUGCAUAAUGCUUCGAAUUCAGAAAUGGUUUUGUAUUCGUACUCGAUCGGUUUUGUGUACAUUUUACUGGGAUUGACGUGCACUAGUGGACUAGGCCCUGCGGUCGCAUUCUGUUCAAAGAAUCCAAUUCAGACCUACGGUUAUGCUUUCCUUUUUUCCCUCACUGGCUAUUUUGGAAUCUCCUUUGUUCUGGCUUUGAUUAAAAUUUUUGGUGCACUUGUUGCUGUAACAGUGACAACAGGAAGAAAAGCAAUGACCAUCGUACUUUCAUUCAUAUUCUUUGCUAAACCAUUCACAUUUCAGUAUGUAUGGUCUGGUUUUUUAGUUGUCCUUGGUAUAUUUCUCAAUGUUUACAGCAAAAAUAUGGAUAAAAUAAGACUACCGUCACUAUAUGAUCUGAUAAACAAAAUGGUGGAAACGAGAACGUCAAGGACAUUGGCACAAACCGUAUAGUACGUGAUUUGUCCUAUUUAAGGUAGACUUCUAAGGAAAAAAAUCAUCAACUAAUUAACUUUCCAGAGGGAUUAUUAUAAAAACUAAAGGCUCUGAAAGCACGCCAUCCAUUUGGGCUGGAUUACAGAGGACGUCGGCCCUUUUCUUCAGAACACUGACUGACUACUGAAGUGAUCAGGAGAGCCGCAUCUGGCACACCUUAGAAUAAAAUGUCAAUAUGAAGGACUGUAGUUCUUAGCAGUUUAUUGAGAAUUUCACUGGAAAUGGACCAUGUUGCAAGACUAAUUGGGUAUCGUUAUGACAUAUCAAAGACAUUGAUAUGUAACAGCAGCUUGUUUUGUCCUCCUUCCAUUUUGGUGGCGAUAUUUAAAUUGAUUCUCUGUUGUAAGAAUGAACUGAUGAUUUAAAGUCAGGAGAGAAUAACUUCAUUAUAAAUAAAAUUAUUCUGUGAUUUUCUUUUUUUAAGAAUAUGUUGACAGACUUUUGUUGUGAAGAGGGCGGUGAAGGUUGGAGUAAGGCUUUACAUAAAUUUUAAAACUGAAGCUUUUCUCUGAUCGUUUAAAAGUAUUCUUUAGAGAAAACCUGUCCUCAGUCAUCUGUGGGCUACAGGCAGUAGAGCGGGAGGAGCCGUCCCCCUGCGUCCUGCAAGCAUAUGGCACAGGAAGAAUUUGCUGCUGUUCAUCAAAGAAGUGCUCAAAGUUUGAAUGAUUUGGAUUUUUUAAUUGAAGGGAAGAUCAUUGAUGUUUUAAAUUACUGUAAAAUAAUCAUAAAAUUGUCAAUUUUUCUCAUAAAAGUGAAAUUUAAUUUGGCAGCUUGAAGAUGAAAUAGGAUAAAUUUAAGAAACACAAGUAAAUUUAGCAAAUUUGUACCAUAUGUUGCUUGCACAGUUUUGUUUUGGCCUAUAUUUUUUAGCAGUAAGUUUUGACAUUGCAUCCACUGUAUUAAAAAAUCCUGUUAAUCUUUAUUUUCAGUGUAAGUAACGUUGGUUAAAACAGCUUAGUAUCUAUGCUGUCGGUGAGAACACUUACAUUUUGUGAGUAUAGUUUACUUGGGAUACUUAAUCUCUUUCUUAAAAUUCAGUUGUACUCUGAUGACUUUCACCUGUUAUGUGCCUAUGUGGGGACAGCAGAGCCCGUGGUAAUUUAAGGAUCUGGCAUAAGGAGUUCUGACUGGUUUUCAUUUGUCAUAUGUUAAAAUACCAUGGGGUUUUUUCCCCCAAAUGGUAAUAAUCAUUUUUAAGUCUUCAUAUUUUAAAAUGAAAGGAAUCUCAAUUUGUACUUUAUUAUGCUGCCUUAAACUCUAAGACAACAAGGACUUGUGCUUUUAAAAAAAAGUCAGUUUUCCCAAAUCCUUGAUAAAAUAUAAUAAUUUAACUUAUCGAGGCAUCCUUUUACCUUUACCCCCACACUGUUCUAAUUUUUUACCUCUGUCUGUUACAAACUCCUUAUCCUACCCCCCAAUUUUAAACAUUUUAGCACUGUUUAAAAAUCCUUUUGCCAACCUAAAUAACCCUUUGUACUCCAUUACCUUUUUUUACUUGCCAUCAGAUGGAGGUAAACUUCAUCUCAUUUGUAUCCAUGGAGUAUUCUUAAUGAAGAGUCUAAAAUAUAGGAUAAUUCCUAGUAAAGGAAGUCAACAUUUGAAUGUGUACUUUGUGCCAGAUUUUAUAAUAUGGUCUUCUUUCAUGAAUAUUAUCUCGUCAUCCCAACAACCAAAAUAAGUCAUAAAUAAAAAUGGAAUUAAAAAUAAUAAUUGCAAUCAGUAAUAUAUAACUGCUUGUUAGGUGCCAGGCACUAUUAUAAGUGCUUUAUACGCAAUAACUUAUUUAAUCCUCACAACAUCUCUAUGAGGGUAUUAUUAUCCUCAUUUUACAGAUGAGGAAGCUGUGGCCAGAGGGAUUAAGGGACAUUGCACCUUCGAGAAAGAGCCAGAGCCAUCUGCCAAGCAGUCUGGUUCCAGAGUCAUGCUCUUAACCACUGAGCUGCCUCUCUAAGUAGACAUGAUUAUUCUUGUUCACAGUUUUGCAAAUACGGAAGUUGAGAACCAGGGUAAGUACUUACUAGCUCAUAAUCACAUAACUAGUAUGGAACAGGACUGGAUUUCAAACCCAGUUCUGUCAUCCUCCGAGGCAUAUUUUCUAUCCAUUGGACCCCACUAUGAACAGAGUAACAUAAUGAGUGAUAAAAUGUUCCUAAGUAAAGAAUUUGUGGGACAUGCUUAAAUGAAUAGGCAAGGAUAAUUUGAUUGGAACAUUAGUUAAAUGCAGAUAGAUGUAUUUCUUUUAAGCAAUGUAAAUAUCAGUUGUUCAGCUGUGUUCACAUUAGGUGUCUGUCACACAGUAGGCACCCAGUAUAUAUCUGUGCCAUACAAGACUAAUCAAAGAAUAUCAUUAGAUGAAAAAGAUAUUGGAUAAUUGAUACUCUGAAUUCUGUCUUAUUAUGUCCCCUUUUCUGGCAUGAUAUUCAGUACAGCAAAAUAACAUAACAGCAGAAGAACUGGCCAACUCGUGUGGAUCACUAUAUUAAGACUUGACCUAGAGGUAAGCCAGCCUAGCCAGAAUCCUCAGUAAGCCCAUGUUAUAUAAUAAAGAAUUUGGGCAGCUUUUGUUCUGGUUUCUUGAUGGGUAGCUUCUAAUUCUUGCGAUUUCCCAAGUGAUAGGAGCGUCCUUGUUUUUCAUGGUGGCCCCUAGAUAGUUCCAGGGUCAGGGCUGACCAUGCUGGAAAGACCAGCCAUGUGACUAUCAGGUUGGGGUUUUGAGUGACAUAUCAGUUCAGCCUCCAGGGAAAAGGUAUGGAGAAGAAGUUCAACUGUGUAGCCAAUGAUUCAGUCAAUCAUGGCUGCAUAGCGAAACCCCAGUAAAAAUCCUGGACAGCAAGGCUUGGGAGAGCUUCCCUGGUUGGAGGUAGACAUUGGUGUGGCUGGAGGGUGAUGUGUUCUGCAGACGUGGCAGCUUCAUGUUGUAAUCCUCCCGGACCUUGCCCCACAGGUCUUUUGUCUGCUCCCGGUCUGUAUCCUGUAUAAUAAAACUGUAAUGGAACCUGUGGGGCUGCCCUGAGUUCUGUGAGUUGUUCUAGCACACUGUUGAACCUGAGGGGAUAGUGGGAACCCCUGAAUUUGUAGCCAGUUGGUAACAAGUGCGAGCCACCUGGGAAGCUCAGAGCUUGCAGCUGGCGUCUGAAGUGAGGGCAGUCUUCCUGGAGAUUGUUCCCAUAACCUGUGAAACUAGACCUGACUCCAGGUACUUCGAAUCACACUGCAGGCUUUAUGCUCAACAAAUGUUUUUAAAUAACUUUUAGCAUUCUCUGGACUGUUAUCUAACUCCCUUAGUUUUCUCAAGUGAUUUUUAUCUUAAACCUACUUUACAUUCUAGAUUCUUUGUCAAAGAGCACAGAAUUCUAGUAAAAUUUUAUCAGGAUGAUACACCAAUAAUAUGGCUUAGCAUAAUGAAAAUAUUUAUGCAUUGCAAUAUCACAUUUGCUCUUCACACAGUUUCAAAUUAUCAAUUUCUGCAUAUUGAUGCUCAAAAGCUUUGUUGUGUGCUUCCUUCCAUGACAGUUUUUUUUCCUAUUAUGUGUUUCAUAUUUUCCCUUAUUUUGCUUUUCAUGUAUCCUUAUUGAAUGUCCUGGUACUUGCCCCUGGAGUCAGCCAUCUUAACCUUUUUAAUAGGUAGUGUAGCAUCACUGACUUGACAGUUUUUACUUCAGAAUCAUUUAUUCAUCCAUCCUCACUGGCCCAAAUAUGUGCCAGGCGUUAUGCUAGAUGCUGAGGAUGCAAGAAAGAAUCAAAUACAACCCUUGCCCUUAAGGACACCCAUUCUAUAGAUGAUGUGCUAUGAUCUCUACAUAAAAAUGCAUAAACUAUGUUGGUUUCCUUCCAGUCAUAGGGUAUCUUUUUAGCCCUAAGUUUUCAAAAUAAUUCCCCACGGUGGGAGUGCUUCUAAAACUUUAAUGUGCAUAUGAAUCACCGAAGGAUCUUAAAAAAUCGUUAAGUCAGUAGGAUUGGCUUGGGGCCUGAGGUUUUUGCUCCAACAAGAUGCUGAUACUGCUGGUCCACAGGCCACACUUGAGUUGUUGAGGUCUUAGAGUACAAACUCCAGAUGUUUUCAAUAUCAGGACAUCUUAAAUUAUUUGAAUAAUUUUCACCUAAUUUCCUUCCAUUUGCUUUUCAGACUUCCCAUUCUGUGUGGCCUGACCCGGUUUAACAUCUCUCAGAGUCCCUUUGUUCAAACUGAACAGAAAUCUUACCAUGUGGCAGAGUUGCUGGCAUAGUGAAAAGAGUUUUUUCAUCAUUAUAGGUGUGUGAAAAAUUUAAUAUUCAUUACUUUCUCCAUAAAUGUUACUUUUUUUUAAAUCUUCACAAAAGUAAGAUAAACCCAUAAUUUCCUACCAGUCAUGGUCUGUUGAUUUAAUUUCAUGGCCUGUGGUUAGAAUACUUUUUAUGCUAUUUCAUGGUGACAUUGUGAAGAAAAAGUUCGCUUCAGUAAUUUGCUGCUCCUGCAGAAUGAGCUGUCUUCCCGAGGCUUCAGGAAGUAGGACUUCACCCUGACGGAAUUCCGAGACUUUAAUCACAAAACGUGUGUUAUUAAAUAUCUUAAUCCUAGGAUACCCCCGAAUUUCUAAAACAUAAUUAGGCCAUCUUAAUCAGUUUAACACAAUUGAUAAGAUUAUGUAGAUGAAAUAAGUAAAAUGUGGAUAAUUAUUCACGAUAGGUAGUGAUAGACAUGAGACCUUGGAGUCUGAUUAUCAGAGAUUUCCUUGCAGGACUCCCCUCCCAGUUGUUUCUCCUAAUGCCAGUCAUAACAAAAGGAAUAAGAAACAGAUCAAUUCAAGUAUAUAUCUUGUUUCAUUUUUCACUCAACAGAAUAUUAGCAUUUGGGAAUUGAUUUUUUUAUACGUUCUGAAAAGUUCAUUAAUGUUUGUCUGAAUUUUAAUUGUGUAGGAUGUCUUUUGUAUAUAUACCCAGAGAAGAUGUGUAAAGGCAGUAAUCAUCUUUUCUCCAGUUUUAAACUACAUUUUAAUUGACCUAGUGUUAGUCUGAAAAAUCUGUGCUAAGCGACACAAAUCAUGAAAUCUCAGGACUGUUUUGAUGUUGGGAUACCUGUCAUUACAUCAAAGGAGUCAAAUGAAAUGUCUG